AUGAAGUCGUGGCUCUGGGGUGCUUCGCUGGUUUCUUCAUGGGGCCUCGUGUACGCUCAAACUAUCCAGUGGAACAUUGAAGGCCGUCAUCCUCAACCACAUUUGGCUCGUCGUAGCAAAACAACAUAUGAGGAAGUCAUCCGUAACGACAGAACCGAGGGAGGCUACUUUACGGAAGUCACAAUUGGAGACCCGCCCCAAAAGAUCACCCUUCAGCUUGAUACAGGGAGUAGCGAUGUAUGGGUCCCUUGGAAUUGUGCAGACGUAUGCACAGACGAUGACGACAAGAAAGGAUGCCCUCUAGGAAGCUUUGAUCCAGACAAAUCCAAGUCAUUCAAACAUGUUGCACCCGGCAUGUUCGGCCUCACUUUUGUGGAUGACAGCUACGUCAAGGGCGAUUAUUUCGAAGAUCACUUUGAAUUGGACGGCGCAGUCAUCAACAACUUGACCAUGGGCCUGGCUAUCAAAACCAACAUCUCCUAUGGACUUAUUGGUGUUGGAUACGCCAAGAAUGAGGCUUCGAGCAGCACUACAGAUGUUAUCUAUCCAAACCUUCCUGUCGCCAUGUAUGAAUCAGGAUAUGUCAACACAAUUGCUUACAGCGUCUGGCUCAACGAUUUGGACGCCAAAGCCGGCACCGUUCUCUUUGGGGGUGUAGACACAUCGAAAUAUGUCGGUGACAUGCACCGAAUCGACAUCCAACCGCUGGAUGGCCAUUACUACCACUUCAUCGUUGUACUGACUUCGCUUGUCGCUACUAGCUCAAGCGGCAGCGAUGUCCUUACAUCGGAUGGCUUCCCAAUCAAGACGGUUCUCGACUCUGGAACGACACUUAGCUAUUUACCCCACAACCUGACGACCGAGAUUUGGAAAGAGGUCGGUGCCAUCUGGUCACCUUACUAUGGAGUUUCAGUUCUUCCCUGCGCUUUCGGCAAAAAUGAAGGCAACUUCACGUUUGGUUUUGCUGGCCCAGAUGGCCCUAGCAUCAGUGUAGGCAUGGAUGAGCUUGUUCUCACCAUGACCAGUGAUAGGGACAACAUGCCUGUUUUUGAAUCAGGCCCGUACAAAGGUCAGACGAUGUGCUCUUUCGGCAUACAGAACGACACCAGUGAACUGUAUCUACUUGGAAACACCUUCCUCCGAUCUGCUUAUGUCGUCUAUGACCUGGUGAACAACGAGGUUGGAAUUGCUGCCACCGACUUCAAUUCCACUACGACCAAACGAGUUGCAUUCAAGAGCUACGGAGCCAGCAUCCCAUCUGCGACGGCAGUGGCCAACCAGCACAAAGCGACGGAGAAUCCUGACGUUGCGGGCCAUAACUAUUCUGCAGCGGAUGGAUUUCAAAAGUCAGAUUGGGAUAAGGACGACGAGGACAACGCAGCCUCACCCCUGACACCCUCUAGAGCGCUGUUGGCGACAAUGGGAAAAAAAAGUUUCCUAUCCAAUGGUCCGUCGAUCAUUGGCAACCCUCUCCUCAACUUCUUCACUGAAGUCCAAGAUUGCACAAUGAGGGCAUCAAGGGCUGCCAGAUGGCUUAAUAGCCAUCUGCUACUGGGCGCCCAGCAGUCAAGCUGCGGUAGCCAUUCUUUUACUAUAUCCGCUGCUGCUCCUGUAUGGGAGAGUCGACGAGCUUUUAGCCAGACCAAGCGUGUCUGCAAUGUUGCGCAAGAAGCUCUCAAGAAAGCUCAAGAAGACGCUGCUAGUCUGACACCUGAAUAUGUCGCCGCAAACAUGUCCGCCGAGGAGGCCAAGCGCCUGUCUCGAGUCCGUAACAUUGGUAUUGCUGCGCAUAUCGACAGUGGAAAGACAACCGUCAGUGAACGAGUCCUGUUCUACACCGGCCGAAUCAACUCGAUCCACGAGGUUCGAGGCAAAGACUCCGUCGGCGCUAAGAUGGACUCUAUGGAACUCGAAAGGGAAAAAGGCAUCACCAUCCAGUCUGCGGCUACGUUCGCUGAUUGGAAGAAAACGGAAAACGGCAAAGAAGAAACCUACCACUUCAACCUGAUUGAUACACCCGGCCACAUUGAUUUCACCAUCGAAGUCGAGCGAGCUCUGCGAGUCCUCGACGGUGCUGUCAUGAUUCUGUGCGCUGUUUCUGGCGUCCAGUCUCAGACUAUCACCGUCGACCGUCAAAUGAAACGUUACAAUGUUCCCCGUCUCUCUUUCGUCAACAAGAUGGAUCGAAUGGGUGCCAACCCCUGGAAGGCUGUCGAACAGAUCAACACUAAGCUUAAGAUUCCCGCCGCUGCUAUUCAGAUUCCUAUUGGUGCUGAGGACGAGUUCCUUGGCGUUGUCGACUUGAUCAACAUGCAAGCUAUGUACUUUGAGGGUCCUCGUGGUACCAAGGUUCGCGUCACCGAUCAGAUCCCCGGUCCUCUCCAGGAAUUUGCCAAGGAGAAGCGCCAGGCUCUGAUCGAGAAGCUCGCCGACGUCGACGACGAAAUUGCCGAAUUGUUCCUUGAAGAGCAGGAGCCUUCCAACGCUCAGAUCAAGGCUGCUAUCCGCCGUGCCACCAUUGCCCGAACCUUCACUCCUGUCAUGAUGGGAUCUGCCCUUGCUGAUAAGGGUGUUCAGCCCAUGCUCGAUGCCGUCUGUGAUUACCUGCCUAACCCCUCUGAGAUUGAAAACACUGGUCUGGACAAAUCCCAGGACGAGAAGACUGUCAAGCUGGUUCCCUACGACUCUCUUCCCUUUGUUGGUCUUGCUUUCAAGCUCGAGGAGAACAACUACGGUCAGCUCACCUACAUUCGAGUCUACCAGGGCAAGCUGAGCAAGGGUACCUACCUCUUCAACUCCCGAACUGAUAAGAAGGUCCGAAUUCCCCGAAUUGUCCGCAUGCACUCCAACGAGAUGGAGGACGUCUCUGAGGUUGGUGCCGGCGAGAUCUGCGCCGUCUUUGGUGUCGACUGUGCUUCUGGUGACACCUUCACUGACGGUGGUCUCCCCUACACCAUGUCUUCCAUGUUCGUCCCUGAUGCUGUCAUGUCUCUGUCUAUCAAGCCCAAGCGAACUGGCGAUGCCGACAACUUCAGUAAGGCUAUGAACCGAUUCCAGCGUGAGGAUCCCACUUUCCGUGUCCACGUCGACCCUGAGAGUGAGGAGACCAUCAUCUCUGGCAUGGGUGAAUUGCAUCUUGAAGUCUACGUCGAACGUCUCCGACGUGAGUACAAGACCGACUGUGUCACUGGCCAGCCUCGUGUUGCCUAUCGUGAGACUAUUGCCCGUCGAGCCGAUUAUGAUUUCCUCUUCAAGCGACAGAGUGGUGGUCCUGGUGACUUUGCUCGUGUUGCUGGAUGGAUCGAGCCUAACGACAAGCCCGAUGAGAACCACUAUGAGAGCCAGGUCGUCGGUGGUAACAUUCCCGACAAGUUCCUGUCUGCUUGUGCUAAGGGUUUCGAGGCUGUUUGCGAAAAGGGUCCUCUCCUGGGUCACAAGGUUAUUGGCGCGAAGAUGGUUGUUAACGAUGGUGCCACUCACGUUACUGAUUCUUCCGAUCACGCUUUCAACUUGGCUACCCAGAUGGCCUUCAAGAAGUCUUUCCCCGAGGCUGGUGGUCAGGUUCUUGAGCCUCUCAUGAAGACCACUAUCACCGCCCCCAACGAGUUCCAAGGUAACAUUCUUAUGCUUAUGAACAAGCGUAACGCUACCAUUCACGACACCGAUAUUGGCAGUGAGGAUUUCACCCUCAUCUGCGACUGCAGUUUGAACGCCAUGUUUGGCUUCAGCUCUCAGCUCCGUGCUGCUACUCAGGGCAAGGGCGAGUUCAGCAUGGAAUUCAGCCAUUACGCUCCUGCUCCUCCUCAUCUCCAGAAGGAAUUGGUCGCCAAGCACCAGGCUGAGCUUGAGGCUAAGCGAACCAAAUAA